CCCCGUAACCCCAGCAUGGUACAGUCCACACACCUGAUCCAACAUGGCGGACUCUGGCGUUUUUGGUGAGAAAAACAAGAGUAGAGUUCAGAAGAAAUCUGGACCACAGUUUGCAUCAUCCACAAAUAUGACGUUACGACAGUAGAAGCUGAACAAUGGCGUCUCUAUGAAUCGAUCAGUACGAUACUUCUUUAGCCAUGCCAGUGCCACGCUGAUGAUCAAAAUGAAGGAGAUUCGAAAGAUGCACUUCAGCAUUCGUUACCUGGGCUUCCUGCCCAGUCUGGUCCUGCUGGUCGCCAUCUCACUCGGACUCUACACGCGAUGGGAGGCCACGGAGGAAGUGUUCGUGCUCGUGGUGGCGUUGGGCGGACUAUUCGUGUUUGCUAUCGCCAUGGCCCUACACUACUACUUCAGUAUGGAGUACUUCAGCGAGAGCCUGGCCCACCUCUGGUUCGGCUGCUUGUUGGGAAUGAUGGCGUUCACGGAAAACGAGAGCUUUCGCUACGACGAGAAAGAGGAAGUGAUGAACAUUUUGCUGAUGACUAGCGUCGGACUGUCGUUGUUCUGGGCGAUGGUGGAAAGAACUUGUAACUACAUCAAAUACACCUCCAAUCUGCUCACCAACAGUGAGCUGAUGGAAACAGCCGGGUUUGCCACGGCCACGAUUUUACUCGGACAGAAGUGGGCGGAUGUGUGUUUCCUUUCGGUCGCAUUUGCCCUGGGGCUUAUCGCCAUGCGGAAAAAGGCGCUUCUUGCCGUCCCGAACUUCACCGUCUUCCUAGCACUGUCGAUAGCAAUUUUCUUUCCCACGCUCAAAAAGACCAUCAAUCCGUACGCGGCGUCGUGUUUCGCUGGUCGCCUCUGCAUAGCACCGCUGCUAGACAUCUAUUUCUCCAACCUUACGACUGUGGAGAGAUGGCAGUGGUAUAUAUUCCAAAGUAAACACGUUAAACGAUUAGUGAUCCUAGUCACUGUGGUAGUAGACAUCACGUUCAUGGUUUUCUCUGGCAUGAUUGUCCGGCACUUCCAAGAGUUAUUUUUCGUCAUUCCCGGAUUCGUCAUUUUUGGAAUCCUCUGGAUCUGCUUCCACAUCGUCUUCAUCGUGACUUGCUGGGUUUUCUCGCGCAAGUUGAACGAAUGCGUACUGGUGUACAAAGCGUACGGAGAAGAUACCAAGAACAUGACGCGUAUCAUGGCCUCGAAGGGAGUGCGACACUUCAGCCAGAUAUCGGAGAGACUGGCGCUGUGUACGAUAUUCAGUACGUGGAUGCUCGCCGCGGUGUCGUGGCAGGCGACAAACACCAUGUUUUUCGCCUUCCUGUUCAUUGUUCUGCCCGUAGAGAUCACAAUACACGGCCUCCUGCACGACCUGGGGAGGAGUGUCGGGGGCACGUGUAUCGGAUACGCCAUGGUGGCGCCAUCCAACUCAUACAGCCCUGAGGGUGAUGUGCUGCUGCUCCCCACCAGUGCCCUGCAGGACUACAUGAGCCAGUCCACAGACAUCCUGAACAGCAUGCAGCGCUUCUUCACGCACCAUCUCGUGGAGACGUUCGGCUGCGACUACUCCACCAGCGGCCUCACGCUCGAGUCCGUGGAAUCCAAACUCAAGGCCCUGUUUGAGCGCCACACCCCCGACGGGCCCCGCUUCGACUCGUACGUGGUGUACUACAGCGGACACAUGCAUCCUGGUGGGGACCUGGCACUGUCAGGUCUUAAGGCCGCGGGCGAUACCACACCAGGUACGGCAUCGUUAAAGCUGGACACCCUGCUGGAUUGGUGGAAGGAGACAAACAGCGAUGCCGGCUCCCGUCUCAUCAUCAUCCUGGAUACGGAUAACGGUCACCACUGGGUGCGACAGGUCAGACGGUUGGACGGUGUGUACGUAGCCAUUCAGUCGUACCAGCAGAGUAAGAGAGACGACCCAGAGAUGGCCACACAGGUAGGGGAGUUCACCAAGGAGUGGGUCGCGUACAACUGUAGCGACGAUAUCGGCACCAACUGGGCCGCAGAGGGCAGGACUAUCAAAGCCGUGUACGCCGUGUCUCGAUGUUGGACGGAUUUCCACUUCCAUUCGCCGUCAGAAGAGGACGUGGCGCAGCACUGGGAGAGCCACUUCCCGCGAGCGACGCGACCGUUGGUCCGUGUGGCCACGUGGUGCCAGGGGGGCGAGGUGGAGCUGCUCUGCUGCUGUGAUUGGUUGUUCAAGUGUUUGAAGAGAAAGAAGAUGCAGUGGCUGCCUCCGGUACUACUGAACACAGGACACGGCUUUAAACUGGUCAGGACUAAGACUUGAACACAGAACACGGCUUUAAACUGGUCAGGACUAAGACUUGAACACAGGACCGGACUCAUCUUACUACAGGCAUAUCCAAAAAUAAUUUCAUUACUAGUAGGUUGGUAGAAUAUAGGAGAAUUCUUAAACACAACCAGAAUGUUCUUACCUGGCUUAAGUUUCAAUGUCUGUCAGAUCUUUCUAAUAAUAGCUUCUAAAUGGAGUCCAGUCUUUGGAUCAAGGAGGCGGUCUGGAUAAGAAAGUCAACCCUAGUAAUGAACAGGGAUGAGGGGUAUACAAGUUUAGCCACAUUUAGGAUUGUGUUCUUGCCUCAAAAGCACCACCUACAUAGUCUACAUAUAGCAGCCAGAGAAGAGCUUCUAAGCUCUGAGGAAGAUAUGUGGGAGAAAUGUAAGGAAGGUACAUACCGGUUGACUGACUGAAUGUGUAAAAGAAUUCUCCUAUGUCCUAGAUGUAGCAACAGUUGUCUACAGGGAUAUUCUUACAUGGCCUAUUUCUUGCUGGUCCGUAUAAUGUGUCCUUCAGAAAAAUGCAUAAGCAGUUCUAGGACAUGGGAUUAAAUCUGUGUUGGAGAAUGUUGAUUUAAAGAUAACCCAAAAUACCAAUUUUCUACCUUUAAUUCAAAUGGUAUACAUGUACUCUAUGACAAGCUAACAGUGUAUCUACUGAUAAUUGUUACCUCUGUUUAUGUCACUAUUAUGUAAAAACUAUCCUGCUUCAGGACAUGAUGAGAAAAUACUGAUGAGUGAAGAGCAAAGCUGAGCUGUGCUGCUAACUGUUGUGUCUGUCUGUCCAUGACUGUAGAAUGAUAUAAAGUGUGUGGCUGACUCGAAGAGUAUGUCAAGUUAGGGCACACUGACUUAAGUUUAUGAAUGACAUCCAUGCAUGCAUUGAUUUUUACCUGUUCCUCAAGUAAAGAGAAACUAAUUGGCCACAUUUUGAACCAAUAGCAUUUCUGGUCAGAAAAUUAUGCUUGCCAGACAAUUUGUUCUCCAGGUAAGGGGGAAUAUGGUCAGGGCAUGGGGCCACAGCGCCCUUGUUCCAGUCUUUAAACAAGAAUGGCGAGAAAACAUUUAUUGAAAUGGUGACGAUCAUUAGUCUUACAUAAGACAUUAGACAGACCAAGCCUAGGAAAGAAUGGACAGAAUGUUCAGUUCUGUGGUUUAUAAUUAGCAGUAUUUAUUUUUUUUUGCUGGAUUUUUAUUUUAUGGCCCUCAUGGAUUAGUCUUGGGGUUGCCAGAGGAUGUCAUCCAUAAAGUUAAGACAGCGUGGCCUUAUUUGGAAAAUAAGUCUUAUCUCUACACUUGGGAAGACAUGGAGCUCAUUGGCAAAUGUUUUAAGAAUGAAAUGAAAUUUUCUUCUCAUUUUCUACAACAAAAUGAAAUAAAAUGAGCUUCAUAUCUUGUCCAGUUGUAACGGUUGAUUUGUUUGUAACUUGUGUUAAGCUUGGUAUUACGUGCACAAUCUUGUCAACAAUUCAAUGUGGAAAUAGUUACUGACUGUCUAUUUUUGUUAGCAAAGUUAAGCUGCUGGACAUAGGUAUAAGGUAAACUAUUGUGAGGUAGCACUUCUUGAACUUUUCUUGAUUGUCAAUUGCAUACUGUAUACUUGACAUCUGCUUUGUGGUGGUAGCAAAUGUUGCAUAGACUGAGGGGGUUGCUAGCCCUUCCCCGUUAGUGCGAUUGAGCACCUCUUGGAACACAAGACCCCCAUUUUAUGGGAUAGACCAUGUAGCCCCAAGCAAGUUGUCCUAACCCCCGACUUGAAUUAGAAAUCUCUGAGUUAUCAGCUGUGAGGUACCAGGUGUCAGUGUCAAGCUAUUGGUUGGGUUUACACAAGCUUUGUGAGUCAGCUCCUUUUUUCUUGUGUGUAAAUCCACAAAGUGGAGUAAUACGAAAGUCAGUGAAGACACUUGGCGCAAAUUUAAAAAUGGUUUCUUACUCUACAUGCCAUACAUUUUCUGUUAAAAGUUGUGUGCACCUUGUUGUGAAAGGUAGGAAUAAUUCAAUGCAAGGCAAUAGUGUGGCUGUAAACAGAACACGUUUGAUUCAUCUCUAAAGUAGACUUAAAAACGUGUGUGUAAACCCACCUACAGUCAGAACCAAUUCAAUAUGGUGACUGUCUAUAAGGCCAUACUAGUACUGUUGUUUAUUUCACUGGUUCUCUCAAGUUUUAUCGAAAACAGUCACCCUUGGCUAUAUAGCAAGAAGUCCAGAUGAUAAUAGGGGGAUGAUGGGAAUACUUGUAUCUGACUGUCACACAUUUCGCAUUUUACAUGCAAUUUCCAACGCUGUGUGUACGAUGGUACGGAAUUUUCCCUCUGACUUUAUUUUGACAUUGAGGUUCUAGUCAAGCGCUACUUUUUUUCAAAUGCAAGAACAAAAAGGUGUUUUCUAUAUUAUUAUAAUAUAUAAUUGUAUUAUCAUGUUAAGCCAUAUUGAUUUGAUAAUAGUUUGGAUGACAUCAGCACAUGCAUCAAUUUUUGGCCACUUCCGAGAAAUUCAACAAUACUGUAAAUUGUACAAAGUAGCAGCUAAAUAUGUCUGGUAAAUUGCAAAAAAAAUUCAUAUAUAUUUUUUAAAAAAUGGCUACUAAUUUGUAGAAUGUCAAAGCCAGUCCCAAAGUUGAAGAAUAUGUGAAAGAACAAAAGUAAUGAAUCUAUUGUUCGGUAUACCAUCGGCUAUGUGUUCCGUCAUUUGUUCAACCUUCCUGAUGACCACUUACUUUUCCUAUUCUUAUUGAAGGCAACUUUUUUGGGCCAAGUUUUUUUAUUUGCAUGCUCACACCAGUUUAAGGGUUCCCAGAGGAUGUCAUCUGUAUAUUAAUCAAAUCAACAUGGUCUUAAAAUGUUUGUUUUUUUUGCGAUGGUGUGUCACUAUCAAAUGUCAUAACAAAGUAAAAGUGCCUAAAGAUGACUCAAGAAUGAGUAUUAAUGACAAACUUGUAAGAAUAAUUACUUAACACUUUAUUUGUCAGUACCUCCAUGAUUGUUGUACAGUGUCAAAGACAAAUACUGGUGUAUCAGUACAAAGAGUUUCAAAGCAAAAUAUAUUUGUUUGCUCAAAUUUGGA